UUAUAUUUUUACCACCCUUAGGAAAAGUGUUGCAAAUGGCCCGCUGAUGGCUGUAAAAAUUUCAAGGAAUAUCAUUUCUAACAAUUACUGCAAUGUGCUAGUAAAACGAAGCCGAAGAAAUUGAAUAAUUCCACUAUAAAAGAGAACCAAAGCGCUAACAAAAAAAUUUAAUAAAACCCACAACAAAUAUUCCAAGUCAAACGGAACUAAUGUACAGUGUGUGACAAAAAUAAAAGUGCAGCAGCAACUAAAAAAAUAUUAAUUAUAAAUAAUAUAUUUAAUCUAAAAUAAAUAAUUAAAAUCGAUACUAAAAUCUAAGCCCCAUCCUUAACGUAAAUAAAAUUGAAAAUAAUUUUAAGUCGCAGUUUGGAGAGUGUACAAAAAAUACCGAAAUAACCGAAAAUAACAAAAAAAAAUCCGUGCAACAUCAACUACGCGAAUACCAUCAAUACGGAACAGCUGUGCUGUGCAUGUGUGGGCAGCGGCGGCGGCGGACGCGUGUGUGUGUGCCGUGUGUGCAAACUUGAAGCGCUUGAUGGCGCUCCAGACUAUGCCAUUCUUGUGGUCAGCCCAAACCCUAGUUGUUGUUUUUGUUGUUGUUGCGGCGCAUAAAACGCGGAAAGGUCUCCCCCCACUUUAAAUCAAUUUCAAUCUAUUUAAUCCAACAAAAGAAAUUUAACGUCCCUAAGUGGGAGAGAGAGCGAGAGAGACAACCAAAAGUGUCGCGUUUCAAAGUCGGAUCGGUCGGUCGGUCGAGCGUUGCCUUCGUGUCGUGUCGCCGUCGUGUCGUGUCCGCCGUCGUCGUGUCCCUGUACGUGGGCGGUUCGUUUCGGUUCGGGAUCAGUUGACACUGGGUUGCACCUGAAAGCGCAACCGUUAAGAGCGCGCUAUGAUGCAUCGUAAUCGUCGAAGCACACACGAAGAAGCUGGCAACAAUUUGGCGGGAGAACUCUUCAAACUGACAGCAAACCAAAACAAACAAUAAUUCAAAUUGUAAUAAUAAGUAGAGCACAAUUUCCGAGCGUGCUACUGACAAAACAAUUAAAAGGAAAAACAAAUUUUUCCACUAAGUAUAAUUAAUAAAUAAAUUUCUUUCGUGGCACCAAAUAAUCCAAGAAUCGCUAGCAAUCCUGGAUUAUUUGCUAAAAACUUUGCGGACGCUGAAAUCCAAUUCGAUUAUGGCCGAGAAUCAAAGUGCGGCCAGCGAAGAUUCCGGUCAACAACAGAAACAACAGCAGCAAUCAGUCAAUCAUUCAACCACAGCGGCAACCGCAAGCAGCACAACAACAACAACAACAACAGCAAAUACUGCUGGCCAAACAUCAAUCAAUCAAUCGCCUACUAACUCUCAGGCCUCAUCACCGGAGAACAACUCACAGGAAGCGCUACCCUCGACGGCUGGGAUACGCCGACAACAUCAUCAGCAGCAGCAGCAGCAGCAGCAAUCCACAGCAGCAACAGUCGCAACUGCAACUGCAACCGCAACACUCACAACCGGCAGCAACAUGUUCGAUCGCACGGUGAAUGCCAAAUUCAAGCCGGGCACAGGCAACACUGGCGGCGGAAAUAAUCCGCACGCAGGACGCCGCAACUCGCUGAUGUCCAGCGCAAGGGGCGUGACAGUGGGCACUGGCGGUAGCAGCAUGCGUAAGCUAACGAAGGUCAAUUCGUUGUCCAGCAAUCACCACUUUUCCGUGUGCUAUCCACCCAACAUAAAUGCGCUGCCAGAGCGCAAUUAUUGCAACAGCAACAAUUCGGCGGCAGUUGCAGCGCUGCAGCGCACCACCAGCGAGAGUUUGCGCUUGAAUGCGCUGAACCGUGGUGCAGGUGGAGGAACAGUGGCAUCAUCGCGCUCAGGCAGCAACUCGAGCUUGGCUUCGUCCACCACGACAUCGACAUCGGUGGCACCCAAGACGAGCAGCAGCAGUGGCGGCAGCGGCAGCAGCAGCCACACGCAGCAGCAGCAACAGUCGCAGGCGAGCAGCAGCAGCGGUGGUGGCGGUGGCGGUGGCGGUGGCGGAGGUAAGGCCAGUUCGCCCAAUAAUAAUGGGGCACGCUCAAUGGCAGCGGCAGGAGGAGCCGGAGCCGGAGCAGGAGCAGGAGCAGCUGCAGGAACAGGCGGUGGAGCUGGCACGGUAGCUGCUGCAGCUGGACAGCAUCACCAUCAGCCGCAUCACCACCAUCAUCAUCACCAUCACUCGCAGCACCAGCAUCAUCAUCAUCCACAUCAGCAGUCGCCGCAGCAGUCGCAGCCCCACACUAGCCACAGUCAAGGACACUCACUGACCGUUGCAGGAGUGGCAGCUGGCGGCGGGGGCUCCUCAGCACCCGCCACUGGCAUCGCUGCUGUGCUGACAACCACAACCACACGCAAACCAAAGACGACUUCCUCAUUCGAGAUCACCUCGGUGACGGUGGGACAUCCGAAGCUGAACGCUGCCGGCGACACUGGCGAUGAGUCGGCCGACGAUCUGGACGAAUCUCACACGGAUGACAACAGUCGGAUAACGGAUUUGGAGAACGAAACGCCUUCGAUGUCGGAGGACACGUUCUCCAAGGAGGAGGUCUUCUAUGCCAACAAUGCACUGAGCACCAAUGCGCCGGUGAUACCAACCAGUUCGCAGUACGGCCUCGUCGUCGUGGAUCCCAUUGGACCCGCUGCUCUCGGGCAGACCAUCCAGAAUGUGCAGGUGAAUGUGUCCACGGAUAAUAACAUUAUCAAUGUGGUGAGCCACUCGGCGGUGACGCCCGGUGGCAGCAAGAAGAAGGAGGGCGGCGACCACAACAUCAAGGAGACGACGCAGCAUCGCAGCGAACGCUUCAAGGUGGUCAAGAUAGAGUCCACGGAGCCGUUCAAGCGCGGACGUUGGAUGUGCAUGGACUAUCUGGACCAUUCGAGUGUGGGCAAUGGCGGUGGUGGUGCUGGUGCGGGUGCGGGUGCGGGUGGCGGGGGCGGUAAUAAUAACGAAAAGACUGGCUCUUCUUCCUCCGAGGCGCUUGUUGUCGGCGGCGAUGGUGCAACAGGCGGCGGUGGCGCAGGUGCCGCUGCAGGCGGUGCGGAUGCUGCACAAAAGACAACCCAGAGCAUGAUACUCCCGCCAACCCAUGCCCUCUUGGAGAAUCACUUGGAGGCCAAUUCAACGGAUGCCAAUUGGAACUACGCCGCGGAGCAGCAGCAACAGCAGCAGCAGCAACACCUUCAGCAGCACUCGCAGCAGCAGCAGCAGCACCAACAGUCGCAGCAUCAGCAGUCCCAGAUUAGUGCCACGCCCAGUGGGGUAAUGACUGCUCCUGCCACCGUGGUGCACGGCAUGCAUCAGCUGCAUAUGGAGGCGCAGCAGCAACAGCAGCAGCAGCAGCAACUCUUUGAUAGCGUCAAUGCCAAUGCCAGCUCCCCGAAUCCCCCGGUCGAGACGCAGAUGGACUAUGCCCAAGCGGCGGCCAUGCAGCUGCAGCAGACGUUGCAACAGCUCAAGCAGCGGGAGGAGGCCAUGGAUGUGCCACCGUCUGGUGCCAGCUACCAGAGCUACCAGCCGAAUGGCGGCGAUGCUGCUGCGGCAGGCAACAAUAAUAACAGCAGCGGCACGCAGGCAGCAACGAUUGCUGUGGCAGCGAGCGAGCCGCUGUCGCCGGCGCCACAAACGCCACAGAUCACGCCCACAUUUGCCGCAGUGGCAGCAGCCGCUGGGCAGGCGCAGGCCACGUCCCAAAUCGAUGGCAUAGCCAGCAGCAGUCAGCAGUACCCGCAGGCGGCAGCGGCAGGAACACCUCAGCAACAAGCCCCACCAGCCAGCGUUGCAGGUGCAGCCGGAGCAGCAGCGGGAGUGGGAGUUGCACCAACAGUUGCCCCACAACAGACUUCAAACACUUCCACAACAGCGGCAGCAGGAGCGGCUGUGACCUUGCCACUGUUAUCACACAUGACACACAGCUAUGAGCAGCCAGCCACAGUUGUGGCAGCCACGGUGAGCGCCGCAGCCGUUGCAGCAGCCGCCACAGCAGUAAUUCCCACGCUGCAACUGCAAAGUGCACCGGCGACCAUGGUCGAUGCACAGCAAUUGAUUGUCCAGCAGCAGCAGCAGCAGCAGGAGGAUCAGCAACAGAUACCCACAACAAAUAUCGCGAGUGUUAGUGCCAAUAAUAAUAGUAAUUUAAAUCUAACGAAUCCAAAUGUCGUCGUUGCCGUGGAGGCCACACCAUCGUCUGUCGUGGUGUUGCCCUUGACGACCGAUGACCAAUCGACAACGGGAGCAGCAGCAGCGGCAGGAGCCACCACUGCGGCAGGAGCAGCAGCCACAGGAGGAGCCACCACCACAUCGACAUCAGCAACAACACAGCAGCAAAUCCAACAGCUACAGCAGCAACCAAAUGCAGAAUCCGAGACUGAAAGCUUUAUGCCAACCGCCAACAGCAAUCGGAAAAGGGCCUUUAGCAAUCCCCAUAUAGGAGGACCCCACGAUGUCCAUCGAUUAAACCCAAGUCUGUAUUACUACAACAAAUCACAGUCGGGUCGCAGUUCGUUCUGUGUGGAUGAGUCGCUGUGGCCCUCGAUUGUCAGGGCCAGCGAUACGAAUUUAUAUACCACUCCCAGUGGCAAUGCCGAUGAGGACUAUGAGGAGGCCAUCGAUCAGUUCUCGCCCACGAUAUACCAUCAGAGUCGGGCGAGUCGAUCCAUACCCAUACCGAAUAGUGCUGGGAACAGUCCGCAGCACCUGCCGCAGCAUCAUCAUUCGCAGAGGAUGGGCGGCUCAUCGGGCGGUGUCAACUAUGUGACGGCCUUCAGUGCCAGUCCCUCGAUCUAUGCCCAUCCCUAUUCGCCGUUCUAUGCCAGCUCGCCGGACACGACGCUAUCCUCGCCCGUCCAGACAACGGGACACCCAGCCCUACACCCACCAAAUGCUGCAUCCGCGCAUCCCGCAUCUCGCUUAUCCUUCAGUUAUGAUCCUGCCCUCCAGCGUUUGCAAGUGCCACCCCAUGCAGCGGGUCGUGCACGCUCGCCGCUGGAAUGUGCCACAGUUUUUGCCGCUGUGGCUGCAGCUGCCACAGCAUCCGGUUCCAUUUUGGGGGAUGUCAACACAAAAAAUUCUGGAGUCAACAGUGCAUCUGGAACAAGUGCAGUUGCGAUUGACAACAAAAUCGAACAGGCAAUGGAUCUGGUCAAAUCGCAUCUCAUGAUCGCCGUGCGCGAGGAGGUUGAGGUCCUAAAGGAACGCAUCUCCGAGCUAAUGGACAAGAUCAAUAAGUUGGAGCUGGAGAAUAACAUCCUCAAGUCGAACAUACCGCAGGAGACGCUGCAGCAGCUGCAAAUGCAGUUGCAGAUUGCCGGCACACAGCAACCGGCGGCAGUGGGCGCCCCACCGGCCACACCGGCCAUUCAGGCACCACCUGCAGUCGUUGCUGGCGCUGGUCAGGCAGCAGUGGUGGCAGCGGUGGGAGCAGCAGUUACCAGCCCUGCAACGGCAGCAGCACCCACAACCAUUCCCAAUGGCAGCGCUGAGAAUGGCGGCAGCGUCAUUGUCGAUGCAGUGGCAGCGGUGGAGCAGCAGGCAGCGGCGGCGGCAGCGGCGUCUGUGCAGACAGCGACGCCCGUGAACACAAACGGCCCCAUGUCCUAGGCUGUUGGUGUUUAGUCUUAGUUUUUCUCUCCUGGAACGUAACAUGGCCGUGGCGUACACAGACCCGGCCACUGGAAUGUGGGAAGAAUAACCGUAAUGUAAGCUCAACUUUGUCUCUUUGUCGAAUGCCUAGCGUCGCCGCAGCCUGCGGCAGCACACGGACCGAACAAGAGGGAGAGAGCGAAGCGCAGAGCAGUGCAGGACAGCAACAAAUUACAGUAACAGCAAUAGCAAUAGCAACAGCAACAGCAAUAGCAGCAGCAGCAAACCCAUUUAACAGUUUGCAAAUGAAAAGUAUUAGUUAAGAGCGAAUGUUGUCUGGCCUGUCGGUUGCUGGCUGUUCCUGUAAACGCUGCGCAGCCGCUGUUUUGUUAAUUUUCUCGAUUGUGAUAUUUGUUUAACACACCACCACUUACACCACACAUACACACCAACAAACACACACACCAUCUAAGCAAUUCAUACACAUACAGACACAACACACACCCAUAGACUGCACGUUAACAGUGGUUGCGGCUGCGUGCUGUUAACGUUUGCUGUUAAGCUUAACAGAAGACGAUGAAGAAGAAGAAGAAUUAAAGUUAGUUUUUAAAAAGAGGCGCUGCUGCGCGUAGACAUGAUUUUUUUGUCCACCAUCUUUGUUUGAUUAUCUUUUAUCCUUGUUUUACCGUUUGUUUCCAUGUUAUUAACGCUACCAAUAAAAAGUGAAAAAAAUCGCCCAAUAUAAAAAUACCAUACCCAUGUAGAAUGUAUACUACGAUGUGCAUGGACCCAAAAUAAUACUUGCAGAAAGUAAAAUUUUAGCCAAAAAAAAACCAGCAGCAAAAGU